CCUCCCUCUCCGCUCUUCUUCCACUUUGUUCCAUCUUUUCUAGAAUUCCUUCCUUACCUACCUACCUUGUUGUCUCGCACUACUUCUUUCGUCUCAUCAAUUUACUUGACCUAUCGCCGUCCUUUCUGUCGGCCUGCUCUGUUUACCACUGAUCGAAUCGAGACUCUACAAAUAUAGGUGCUUCCAACUUGUUGUCUAACUCACUUGACUCCACAGAUCGGAUUUGUCGCGUGCUUGUAGCAUCUCAACAUAAUCGCGUUCGACUCCCUCGAUUCGCUUCAACAUGUGUCCAAUGCUCCUCAACUCCUUCCAAGACGGUCCGACAAUGAUCCUAUCCCCUCCCCAGGACCACGCCUUUCGUCAAUUCCCUCACCAGCCGAAGCUGGAAGCUUCAUCUGGAGUCAGUUCUCGAGCGUCCUUCGCGGAUGCCCUGAACUCAGGCGCGAACCCUUUUGGCACUUCGGUCUCUCCAAGCCUCACAAUCAGUAACAAGCCAUCUCGCAAGAGGUCGCGUGAUGAUGUCAAUGCUGAGGAGACUCCCAGCGAGCCCGCUUCAAUUGUUCCAGUCGCGCCUCCAGCGCCUGAGGAGGAGCCUAUUUACGGAGAAGGCAUGACCCUGCUCAACCCUCGCACUGGGCUGGCGCUCUCCGCCGAAAGCCAAACCGGGACCUGGUACGAAGAGGAGUAUGAAAAGGCCAUUGCCGCUGCCAAAUCUUCCGCGUCGCAAACCAAUCUGCCCUCUCAAGCGAGCCGCAAGUCGCAGCGUCUCGAUCCCUCAGCUCCUAGCCUCGAUGACAUUGCCUCCUCUAGAUUACAACGGCAACUUCAAGAAAAUGAUAGCGAUGACAACCGCCGGAUCCUCAACGCUUCAUUAUCUCGAUCGAGCCCAUUCUCGUCUGAAGAACCAUUGGUUGACGACGCUACGCGUCUUCUUGGAAUCAGUUGGCAGCGCGUUAGAGCCGAUGACAAUGACAUGGCCGCUGCCGUGCGCGGUUGGAAGAAGUACAUCGACCGCCAAUUCUCGCAAUACCUCUCUGAGGCCGAAAUCCUCAUGAAAAAUCGUGCUCUCAACGCCUACCUUGUUUCUGCGCGGCCAGUAACUCCUUUCGCGGGGCCGGCUCAGUUGCCCGCAUAUUAUCUGUUCAAUGACGACCUGACUCACGCUCGGCUUGUUGCUUCAUCCUGGGAGGCUUGCCUCCGCAAUCUCCAAUCCUCGCCAGUGGUGUUUGAGGGCAAACAGAUUCUCAAUGCCUCGGACAAGCCACAGACCCAGCAGUGCCAGAAUGUACUGGGGACGACUCCCGCCGAAACAGGGCUCCCUCUUCUGCAAACGUUGACUGCUCAGCCGGCUAGUGUCGGACUGAACAAUAGCGUGGAACUGGGGACGGGGAUGGACAUUGACCCAUAAAUAUCGUUCAUCCCAACUCGGUCGCGCGUUCGCUUUGAGACGAAACGAUUUGCCGUAUCGCGCCAGGAGAAACGACGCAUGUCUCGACGGGAACCAAUAUCACCCUCGCCUCGGACGAUUCUCGACCAAAUAUCUCCGCAAUUUGUCUACUGAUCUCAUCAUUGCCAGCUUUUCGCUUCUUUUUUCGGUUCAUUUUCGCUUUCGUAAAGACAUUAUCGGCAAACGUUUGUGGAUUUUUUUUCUUUCCUCUCUGCUUUUCCCUUUUUCAUUAUCUUCUCUUUCUGCCUUAUUAACUCGUUUUCUCGUUCUGUUCUCGUUCUUAAUUGGGUUUUCGGCGUCGGACAACAGCACGGCAGGGUUAAUGGGUUUGGCGGUGCGAAGAUUUGCUUUGUUUGUUUUACUUUCAUGCUUUUCUCUUUGGUCUCGCGAGUAUUUACCUGCCUACCU